CACGUGCGUCGCAGUUAGGAGUUGGGGGCAGUGUGAGGAGACAGAGAGGGCCAAGAGAGAAGAGGAGCUGUAACAGCAGCAAUCUUGACCCAGUCCAAGCAGAGAUGAGCAGCGAUAGGUCCAAAUGCGAACAAGUUGUCUAUGAGCUGCUCUGCAAGGUCGCAGAACUUGUCGUUUCCAGCAGAGUUUCGCUAAUUCAACCACAGCGACGCGAAGUCAACAGCAAGUUCUCUCUGCACGUGCAAGAGCUAGCGUUUGUGAGAAACUCCAUGAAAGCAUGGGAAAACAACCUCACGCUGCCUCUUGGCAUUGACAUAUUUUGGGUAGAGGGAGGAGGAGACGGGGCCCCUCGCCGCGAGCUGCUGGAGCGAUGGGAGAUCAUGUACGAGGCGCAAGAUGCGGCAGAGGGCAAAUCUGCUCAGCUGAGGCACUUCUUCAAACGAUCCAUCAUCCUUCUUCGCACUCUUUACUCUCUCGUGCGGUUGCUGCCAGCUUACAGCGUUCACAAACGGAUCCAGAGCAGGGAUGUGUCUUUGGCAGAUUCAAGAGACGACACGGGUUUCUCCCUGUACCCUUUGCGUGAUGGAGGUAGCUGCGGUUCAGGUCUGGACUUCAGCGCUAGUGGCGGAGAAGACCAUGCAGGUCGCAGUGGCCGGAAGUCGACGAGCUGCUACACCUUCAAGCCUUUAAAGGCACCACACGGCAGUGUGAAGGUCAUCUGUCACUACCGAAGAGGUGUGGAUUCAAAGGCUUAUCAGCACGGACAAACCAACACCGUUACUGCAGCGCCCGAUAUGACGACUUCGCUCAUCCCGGACUAUGUAACGGACGAGUAUGAGAGAAACGCCGCAGCCUCGAGGAUGCCAGCAACGGAAGUGAACCACGACUGGCCAAAGCUGCCCAGCACGCCUGAAGACGGAGCUUCGGUGCCAGACGGUGCUGUCGAUGCGUAUGGCCAGCACGCCGGGAAUAAAGUCUCGAAAGAGAAUACUUCUAUGAUGCAUUGGCCCUCUCCGGAACUGGGGCAUGGGUACGCGGAGAAGCGAACACACAUUGGACCACGCCAGGGUCCAGCACCGUUUUUGACUCCUGGGCCACAUCGCGGACGGCCGCUUGGAAGGCACGACGUCAUGAUGGAGCCACUGGAGUUGGGACCAAACGCUGAAAUCCAUGCUCGAGGGCCCCCGCAUUUUCCAGCUCCUCCUGUGCGGCAGGAAAACGAAGAUCUCAUACGCGUUUCUGCACAAACCCUAUCGGGUGCCAGCGGACGCACGGAGUCGAACCAUGUGGAUUCUCAUUGCAGCAACGGGAUGAUUCGGACAGCAGAGGGAGGAGAGGACGGAGUUGCUGAUCGAGGCAGAGCACUCAUGCGGCCGUACAGGCGAAAUUCAAUCAGCGAAUCGCUGUCAACGCCGUCAGGGUCUGGUGGCUCUCGCAUCACAGCAGGGCAUCGGCACAGCACGGCAAUCGAGUACACCCCUCCAUUUUCGUACAACACCACUGGGCCUGAUCUUGGCGAACGAAACAUUGCCCUGGGUCAGCCCUUGGUUAGCUUCAGCCCUCCUUUUAACGCCGUACACGUCGGCCAGAGGGGUCAUGACAGCACCUUCAGCAUAAGGGUACAUUCAUCUGGACCACGUGCCCCGGUGCCUACCCUCCUGGAAGUGCUGCCAGAAUCUCCUUUUGCGUUGAGGAAAGAAGGCACUCAACCCCCUGGUGUCCCGGGGACAGCGGUUGCUUCCUCGUCGCGGCCGUUCCUGCCAAGAUUGGACUGUAGUAGUCAGGAACCAACGUUUGCUGCAACAAGUGCUGGCAUUGACAGAACUGAGCUACCUUUUGCGGCAGAACUGCAAGACGAUGGAGUAUCAGCAUCUGUGGAUUCCAGCGUCUGUGGUGUGGAGGGUGGGUUGGACUCCUCUGCCGCUCCGUCGACGCUGUACGCGUUGUGCUCGGCCGCGUCCUCCAAGUCUAUUUUCCUGGCGGACCCAUCAUCAGAAUAUGCAGAGCAGACGGCAGUCGGUUUUUUACAGGAGCGUGAUUCAAACGACGUUCCUUCCCCCGGCGCAGAGUACACCAGCACAGCCGGGAGUCUACCCCAGGAAGUUAUCGUGCGCUCAUUGGAAGAAGAUCUGGAGGGAUUCAGGCUGUUUCAACAAGAAGUUCUUGAGCAAAGACGCUGACUAUCAGCACUUCGUCGCAGCUAUCGGAUGGAUUGUAAUUAGGUGUGCAGUCUGUCGAACUUGGGCAUGCGUUGCGCACAUCAAACCGGUACAUGCGUGAGCGUUUAGAAUUAGAAGCAUUUACCAUUGGCGCUGUUCUUACGCACACAUGAAAUUAGGUUUUCGGUGUCUCGUAACCACGCGUCAGGUUGUCGAUGUUGUCGAGGGUGGGGCCCAACGACGAAGGUUGAACGUGUUGAAUGAUUCUAUCUCCACUCCCGGUAUUGUACUCACCACGUGCCGAGACCUCAAUUUGAAAGUUACCGGAUAGCACGUGCGGUAGGGUUCGGGGGAAACGUAGUCACAGACAUCCGCGAACAACCCUGUUCCACGUGAAAGCUUAAACAUAAGGCUACUGAGGUUAACACUGAUGUACCUGGUAAAGUUGAUAAAUCC